AGCGCAGCUAACAGCGCGAGCUAAUCCGGCUAACAGCUAACAGCUAACGGCUUGCUAGUGGCGCUAUGAUGGCGGAGCUGGUGCAGGGACAGGCCUCGAUGAACCAGCCGGGGCUGAAGUCAGAGGGCCUGGCCGAUGUUUUGCAGCGCGCCCGGCAGAUGGUCGGCAAGCUGGGCGGAGAAGGGAUGUCUCACCUCAACAGCUCCUCAGGAAGUGUCGAGCCCUCGCUGUACUACCCGGGCCAGAAACGACCAGGAGAGGAUGGAGUAGGUAACCAGCUAGCAGCCAUGGGGCAUCAAAGGGUAAUCACAGAGGAUUACAAGGUCCCCGACAGGAUGGUGGGCUUCAUUAUUGGCAGAGGAGGAGAACAGAUCACCAGGAUCCAGUUGGAGUCGGGCUGUAAGAUCCAGAUCGCUCCCGAAGGCGGGGGUCUGAUGGAGCGGCCGUGUUCUCUGACGGGGACUCCGGAGAGCAUCGAGCAGGCGAAGCGGCUGCUGGCCCAGAUCGUGGACCGCUGCAGAAACGGUCCGGGUUUCCAUGGCGAUGGAGAGGGCGGGGCCUCGGUGCAGGAAAUGCUGAUCCCGGCCAGCAAGGUGGGGCUGGUGAUUGGCCGAGGAGGAGACACCAUCAAACAGCUGCAGGAGCGAGCUGGAGUGAAGAUGAUGAUGAUCCAGGACGGCCCGAUGCCAACGGGGGCCGACAAACCCCUGCGCAUCUCCGGAGACCCGUACAAAGUGCAGGCAGCGAGGGAGCUGGUGUUGGAGGUGAUCCGGGAGAAGGACGGAGACUUCAGAUCGGGACGCAGUGACUUCGGCGCCCGACUGGGAGGAACCAGCCUGGAUGUUCCCGUUCCCAGGUUUGCUGUCGGCAUUGUGAUUGGCAGAAAUGGAGAAAUGAUCAAGAAGAUCCAGAACGAUGCAGGGGUCCGGAUCCAGUUUAAAGCAGAUGAUGGCAUCAGUCUAGAGCGCGUCGCCAUGGUGAUGGGUCAGCCAGACCGCUGUCAGCAUGCUGUCCACCUCAUCAACGAACUCAUCCAAACAGCACAGGAACGUGAUGGUUUUGGUUCAGCCCUCCGGGGCGGGCGGGUCAGAGGUCGUGGUGAUUGGACUAUGGGCUCUCCUGGCCCCGUACAGGAAGUGACAUACACCAUCCCUGCUGACAAAUGUGGCUUGGUCAUUGGCAAAGGUGGAGAAACCAUCAAGAGCAUUAACCAGCAGUCUGGAGCUCACGUGGAGCUGCAGAGGAACCCUCCACCCUCCACUGACCCCAACACCCGGGUCUUUACCAUCAGAGGCACCGCCCAGCAGAUGGACCUGGCUCGCCAGCUAAUAGAUGACAAGAUCGGGGGUUCGGGUAUCAUGAGUAACGGAGGGUUCGGCUUCAGCCCCUUCACCCAGGGUCCCGCUGCACACCAGAACUGUGGGAGUGGGCAGACCUUCCUGACCGGUGUCUGGGGAAACACCUACCAGACCAGCUGGCAGAACCCAGGACAGCAAGACCCAGGUCACAGUAUGGCUCAGACAGGACAGAUGGACUACUCUAAAGCAUGGGAGCAGUACUAUAAGAAGUUAGGUCAGCAGAACCAGCCUCAGAGCUUGAUGACAGACUACAGUAAGGCCUGGGAGGACUACUACAAGAAACAGACUCAGUCGUCUCAGCAGAGUUCGGUGCCAGACUACACUGCAGCAUUAGCAGAAUACUACAGACAGCAGCAGCAGCCCUACCUGUGGAACCCCGCCCAGAUACAGGAUCACUAGAGGCUCCUCCCUCACCGGCGAAGGCCUCGGAUGGUCGUCGAUGGCGUCCGAAUCGGGGUUUCCUAGCAACGCUCUGCCGCUUCCUCCUCCUUUUGUAGAGAAAAACUAAGGAUUAACUGAAAAAUCACGAACUCUUUCUUUCUGUUUUUUAACCUUACAAAGUCGAUAUUUUGUCAGGCAGAUGUUUUUGGACUAGCCUCCGGUCUCCCCGCGGUGUAGACCUGGUUUUUCUUUGUUUUUAUUUUUUAUCAAACUUGAAUUUCAAGAUGUAUCCGUGUGGCUUUGAACAAAACGAAAUCCAGUAUAAUCUAUAUUUUGUCUAGUUUUAUUUUCCAAUAAGAAAACGGUAAUAGGCUUAGCAGUCUUGAGUAUGAAAAUCAGAUAUUAAUAUUAUUAUUAUCAUUUUGGUUAUGAUAAUGUUUUAAAGCAUGCGUCAGGCUGUGUGUUGACUCAGUUUGUUUUUUAUUUUGGCAUCAAACCGUUUUAAUGACAUCGGAUGGAAAUGUAAAGUUUUUGUACUAAAUCUGCUCGCUGGGUCUGUUUCUCCUAAUUUUACCUGUUCAGUCGCCAACUUGGAGGUGCAAUGAUGCAUUAUUGUUUUCUUUUGGUUUGACCAUAGCUCUUAUUCUUGUAUCUUUAUAGUGAUUUCUUUAGGUUUUUAUGAUGUAACGAUGAAUAAAUAGCGAUUUGUAUUGCGUUGUCUAAAGCCAGAUCUCUCUGUGGUCUAACGCUUUGUAUUCUCACACGAUUUAACCUCCAGUCACCGCCACGUUUUCCCGCCUCCGCUUUUAUGACCGAGACUGUGGAGAUGACCGUUUUCUUUGAGUGAACUUUAUUAUUGUUGUUGUUGGUCUGCAUUUCUAUUUUCUGAUUUGUUUUUAGAGGCAAUUUCAGGAGCUGAUCAAUGAAGUUAUCGAUUCCGUGUUAGCUAAACAAACGUGUGUGUUACCUCAGCGUGUGAAUGUUUCUGUUAGCUGUGCUUCGUUAGCUAAGUGGUGCCUGUUAGCUGAAUGUAAGUAAAUGGAAAUGCUGUCCAAGCGCUACGUUAGCUGCUGCGGGGUUGUUGUUUUGUUUUUUGUCUAUGCGCGCAUUACAGAGGCUAGCUGAAUGAGUGUGCUAACUGAACAAGAUGCUUGUCUGUUGUGUGUUAACCAGGUGUCGGGUAGGUCUACAAAACCACUUUCCCAAAAUUGUUCCCAAGCUCAUUUAUGCCCAAGGUCCCGUGUUCCCAAAGUUGCUUCCCAGUUUCCAGGUUCCUAAGUUCUCAGGCGUUUUUGUUCCAAGGUUAUAUGUUCCCAUUUUUGUUCCCUUGGUGCUUUAUGGUUAAGCUAACCUCUAAGCCUCGUUUCCAUCGCAGGAAGCGCUAAGCUUAUUUCAAGUUCCCUGACAUGUCGGGCAGUCUAACUAAAAGCCAUACAGGGAACAGAAAAUCCCUUUCACAGGUUCCAGCAGUCGUCACGUUGUGUGGCUAAUGACUAACAUUACGUAUAGCUGUGGGGAACGUAGCAGGAGUGACUGUUUGGGAACUUGGUGUUACUCUGCGCUCGUGACGUGUUGCACAGACUGUAAAUAACGACCAAUAACAUGUAACCUGUAUAACCAGUAUAUUACAAAAGUAGAGCUGUACAGUAUAAUGUCUGAACGUGGAAGCAUGAGCUCUGACACUGUUAAUGCUAAAUGGUGUGACCUGAUGUGUUAGCAAAAGGCCAAAAACAGCGUUUCUAGGCUGAAUAUCCAUCUGUCUCAUUCAACUGCAUGACUAGCAUGAACGAAUGACUCGGUGAAUACGACUUUAAUGUCCGUUAGCCAAACAAACUAGCCGGCUGCUGUACAUUAGCUGUAUGUUCUGUUUAUAUUAGGGCUGGUUUACACUUCAAAAUAAAUGUACAAUUGUUUUGUUGCUGUUUUAUACUUGCACAGAUUGUAAAUGUGUUUUUUUUUUUGUUUGUUUGUUUGUUUUUCACACGCAGCCGGACUUUGAAUCUACUGAUUAGUUUCUUUAGCGUUAGCAUGCAGUUAGCAAUAAAAUUGUUUUGUGCAUAAAUUCACAUUCAUUGAUACUUUUAAAAACGUGCUCAUCUGUACAUGUGCUACACUUAGCGUUAGCACAUCACUUUUGCCUCCUAGCAAAACCUUGUUAGUUGAACAUUAUCAGCUAAGCAAGUGGUAAGAAUUUAAUCCGUGUGUUAGCUGAAUGUUUAGCUAAACUUUGAGUGCGUGUUAGCGUAUGUAUGCUAGCGCCGUGUGCCGUUAUAAGUUUUGUUUGUUAGCUGAGCGUUUAAUGAAACUGUGCGCUUUGGCUCAGAUUUGUGCGUCGGCUCGGCGCUGUGUGCGUGUUGGCAGAGCAGUUCUCUGAACGUUGUGCGUGUCGGACCACAGAGAGGUUUGUCUUGUCGAGGGAGAUCUGGUUGUUGUUGAAUCAGUGCUUCUGCUUCGUGUAUGUGUGAUGAUGAUGAUGCUGAAGAUGAUAAUAAUGACGAUAAUAAUGAGUUCUCCUGUUCAGGGGUCUAUUUAAAUCUGUUAUGAAUAUUCAUUUUGUCGAUGUGAUGAUAUGGUUUGUGUAAAUUUCCACUCUGGCGGGUGCUCUCCAGUUAAAAUGUACUUUGUUAAAGAUGAUAUUGUUUAAUUCACGUGUCGUGUCUAACCGAAGCUGAAUAUGUGUUAUAUUCUCAAGACUGCUAGGCUAACUGUCUCUCUCUCCUCUCCUCGCCUGUUCCCGUCUGGACGCCGCCACCUUCAACACGCCUGUAAUUGGACCAGACGAGCUGAGUGUUGUCAUCGCAGGCGUGUUGAAGUCCCGCAGCUCGUUGUUGUGGCCGCUCCGAGGCGUGGGGAGCUAUAGUGAAGGGGUAAAACCCCCGGAGUUGUUAACGGCGGAGCGGACACCAGCCUGGUGUCCGGUUCUCGCAACGUCUCAGGAUCUGAACCGGACACGACGCUCGCUCCGCUCUGGCCUAGAACUUCCCAGUCCCGAUCCCGGUCCUGAAGGGGGGACGGGGAGCUUUUGGUUUUAUGGUUUCUGUUGUUUUUCUAAUGGACAGACGUCCUAACUGUAACCUGCAGAUUUUUCUAUUAGAUUCUAUUGACAGAUAGAGUUGUGUAUGAACCCGAGCCACGAGACUGUCGGUGGCCGAGGUCGAGGACAAUGAUGAUGAUUAACAUGAGGGUUAAUAAACGGGCUCAUUCUUUCUGA